AUGACAGUCACCACCAAAACUAUAACAAAUAUUUCAACAACCAUAAUACAACAAUCAGAAAAAAAAUAUAAUUUUAUUUCAUCAUUAUUAGCUAAUAACAAUUCUUCGACCUCUGUUCCUUCUGUCUCAUCCAGGAUGGAUACAUCAACAACCACUACCCCUUGGAGCCAUUCUCAAAAUUCUGAAUAUAAGAGUCUAGAAAAAGCUUUAGCAAGAAAUGAAUUUGAGGAUUUGGAUCAAAUUGGACCAAUUCCUCAAUUAGAUGUGAAUGAUACUUAUAUGGACAUUCCUUUAGAUAUAAUAUUAACAUAUCGUACUGCUUUAAUGAGUACUUUGUACUAUGCUAUUGAUAGAUUAAAUCAAAAAGGUGUAUAUUCCAAUGUAAUAUCCUUUUGUGCUCGAGUAUUAGCAAUAUGUUUCUUCAAGAUCCCUGGUGUAGGAUUUGCAUUAUUACAAGCUUUACCUGUCAAUAAAUCUCAUAUCAAAAGAAUAUUAAAAGAAACAAUUGGUGAUGAGGAUGAAAGUAUGGAAUUGAUUAGAACACAAAAUGAUAAGAUUGCAUUGUUAUUUCCUAGUCAUUUAAAGAUUUUGUGUUAUGUCAAUCUUAGAACAUGGUGGCAUCAAUUUGAAAAUGCUAAAAAGAUUUGGGGUGAACCUCCAAUUGAAAUGAAUGGAAAUUGGAUACGUAGAUGGCAAAGUGAUGAUAGUGAAUUGUUUUUUUCAUUUUACAAACAUUAUCAUAUUGUAUUAAAAUCUUAUUUAAACAUUCCCAAUUCUAUUGCCUUCAAAUCAAUGACUCCUCCUUUUGAGUAUAUUAUUGCUCCAGGAUAUAUUCACUUAGCAUCAUUCUUUCUACUUAAAAUAGAAUCCUUAAUUCAUCGUAACAUUCAUACAAUCACCACUGUAAUACAAUUUGAGCAACCAAGGGGGAAUCUUAAUAACAGUGGUAAUAAUUCAAGCAACAACAAUAGUAAUAAUAUUUCUCCAACCACAAAUACCAUAAACAUAGAUGCUACAGCUAUUGGUAAGCCUAAAGUGUUAGAGGUAGCCAGUAAACGGGAUAGUAUUGUAAUGCCAAUUGAACUGUCAACAUCAAGUUCAGUUGGUAGCAGUAAUAGUUCAAAUGAUUCAAGCACUGCUUUAUUUUCAUCACCAAGUCUUACCAACAUAAUUGAUGUACCUUUUUACAUUUCAUUAAUCCAAAUAUUACUCAACAAUUCUGAUCAUACCAUAACAAUCCUAAGAACAAUUAGUUUUGUAUAUACCCAUUUUCCACUUUUAACAUCUCAACCUAACCACUUAAAACAUUUAGUCAGGGAUAUACUUUUAAAUGAACAAAUAUUUGAACAUAUGUUCUGUCAUUGGUCAAGAAAUAUUAGAAUAUACUACAUGCGUUUAUUGGUAUGGAGAGUGGGCAGGAUUGUUGGAAAAAUUGGAAAAAAUAAUGGAAAAUCAUUUGAUUAUAGUAAUGAUGAUUUUAUUGGAGAGAAUAGUUAUACUAUGAUUGAUAUAUCAGCAACUUUACAAACUAGAUUAGAAAAUUUAAAAAUAUGCUUUGAAUUUAUAUCAAAUUAUUCUGGGGUUAGAAAAGAUCUUGUGAAUAUUUUACAAGCCAAAAUUGAAAAAAAUAUUCAAGAAAUAAAAAAUUAUAAUGAAAAUGAUCAAAUCAAAUCAUAUACACAAAUAUCAUCCUCCAUAUCAAGUUCUUCAUCCAUCAAUUCCUAUAACCACGCUAAUAAUAAUGGAAAACAACAUAGAAGAAAAAUUUCUCUAAAGGAAUUUAAAGCAUUAAAGUCUGCUACAAAAGGAAAAGAAAUUUCAACAGCAACUACCAUAAUUCAAUGGAUGCUAACGAAUAAUCAACAAAAACCUAUAGAUUCUGUCCCACCAUCAUCAUCAUUGUCAUUGUCAUCUACUACUGCAAAUGCCAAACAAAUUAAACAAUCAAAAUCUUUAAUGUGGCAUUACUCUUUAAAUAGACAUGUAUAUGCUAGUAAAGCUAUUUUUGAAUAUGAAGCAGUAAAUCAAGAUUAUGCUGAAUGGUGUGGGCAAAUUUCCAACCUUGAUGACAACAACAAAGGUAACAAUAGCAAUAAUAGUGAUUAUAAUAUAAAUGAUUAUAAUAGCUGGAUAGAAAUAAGAUUUCCCAAGUUAACAGUUGAUUAUCCAAAAUAUUUUGGAAAUGGACUU